UGUACCAAAAUAUCAGAUUCUCAAAUUCUGUUUUCUGCAUAUUCAAAAACUGAACUUGAAUUUGUGUUUUUCUAGGGUUUCUAGGGUUUAGGUUUUGCAAUGGUGGAGACGAUGAGUGGUGGCGGAGAUCACGGCGGCUCUGAGGAGGAGUUUCUGUUGACGGAAAUGAGCAUCCGCGGCGGCGCCGGUGGUGGCGGCGGCGGCGGCGGCACGGGUGGCGGUGGUGACGUGUCAUGGCGGUUGAACUUUGACGGUUUUCAGUUGUCGUCGGAGCAUAAAGAGAAGCCUCCACGUGGCCUACAUGAUUGCCUUGGGGUUCUAGUCCCAGAAGACAAUGUAGCAGAGUAUUACCAGCAGCAGGUAGAGACGCUGGAGGGCUUUACUGAGAUGGAUGAGUUAGCAGAGCGUGGUUUUGUGCCUCGGUUGUCAGCGGAAGAGAAAGCAAGUUUGGCAAGAAAGGAAACACUUGCUAUUAGAAUAUCAAAUGUUGCAAACAUGGUUCUUUUUGUUGCAAAAGUUUAUGCGUCCGUUAGGAGUGGUUCAUUGGCCAUUAUUGCGUCGACUUUAGAUUCACUUCUUGAUCUGUUAUCAGGAUUUAUCUUGUGGUUUACAGCAUUCUCCAUGCAGACUCCAAAUCCCUAUCAAUAUCCAAUUGGAAAAAGACGAAUGCAGCCUUUGGGAAUUCUUGUAUUUGCAUCUGUCAUGGCAACUCUUGGGCUGCAGAUUAUUUUGGAGUCCGUUCGCACAUUGGCAUCUGAUGAAAAGGAUUUCAGUUUGACCAAAGAGCAAGAACAAUGGGUUGUUGGCAUUAUGCUUUCCGUGACAUUUGUGAAACUGGCCCUGUGUAUAUAUUGCCGAUCAUUUACAAAUGAGAUCGUAAAGGCUUAUGCUCAAGAUCACUUUUUUGAUGUUGUUACUAAUCUGAUCGGGCUAAUUGCUGUACUACUUGCUAAUUAUAUCAGUGAUUGGAUGGAUCCCGUUGGAGCUAUUAUCCUGGCACUUUACACUAUCCGCACAUGGUCACUAACGGUGUUGGAGAAUGUAAAUUCCUUAGUUGGAAAAUCAGCAGCACCAGAAUAUCUACAGAAGUUGACAUACCUAUGUUGGAAUCACCACAAGGCUAUACGACACAUUGAUACCGUACGGGCAUACACUUUCGGAUCUCACUACUUUGUUGAGGUAGACAUCGUUCUACCAUCAGACAUGCCUUUGCAAACAGCUCAUGAUAUUGGUGAGUCAUUGCAAGAGAAACUCGAGCUUUUGCCUGAAAUCGAGCGUGCCUUUGUUCAUCUUGAUUAUGAGUACUCUCACAAACCUGAGCAUGCACAAACACAUCACUAAAAAUAACAAUAUAUUUGUGAUUCUUUGACCUCCAUGGUUGGGUCAACCACCUGUAACUAAGUUCUCACACACAUGAUGCAGAAUACUGAUUAUUGUAUUUGCUAAGUUCCUCCAUUUUUAUGUGAGAUUUUAGUGGUUGUGUAACUAGUUAUAUGAUACUUAACUA